CCCACCUGCGGGGAGAGGAAGCGGGCUGCUCGCGGACGAUGCGGUCAGGGCUGCUCCCCGGAGCGUCUUCUGCCCGGGUCCCAGCUGCCGUCCCUCUUCUCCGCUCGCUCCGACCCACCGACAGGAGCUGAUGCCGCUGUCGCCGCCGCCGCCGCCGCCUCCGAAGCCGCGGCCGAUGGAUGCCAGGCAGGGCCGCCUCGCUUAGCGUCCCCGCCUCCGGGUUUGCUGACGCGCUCUCCCCCGCCCUGAGCUCCGCGCUGAAGAGCCGCCUUAUUAUUAAUCAGAAUCUCCAUCGUUAUCCCUGGCAGGAGCAUCCUUCAGUAGGGACCGCAGAAGCAUCACAGUGCUGGGGCUGAGAUGUGCGUGGGGGCUUUUUCUGUUACAUCUCGGAAGAGAAGAGGACAGCACCAAGAUCAGCACCACCCGUGCGGGGUGCAAUUAAGGGUGUUUUGUUAGGAGAGAGAAAGGACAAGAAGAGGAGUGCUGGGCCGCCAGAGGUCCACAUCUCUUUGAAGGAAAGGGACAAGGGAACUAAAGUGGGACGUUGUUUUUAGGGGGUGGGCAAAGAAGUUUAUAUCCUUCAUAGAAAAGGUGUGGGGAAGCAGGAGCAACAGGGUACUUGAUUGGACACCAAGACAAAUCGUUUCCCGUAAAGAAGAGAAGGCAGGCAGCAGCGAGGUCUGGAGGCCGGCGUGUGGUAGUGACCAGGGCCAACGGUGCGGCGGGACAGCCAGCGAGAGAAAGGCAGGGCUCGGGAACAAGCAGAACAAUGACUCAUUUACAGGCUGGUCUCUCUCCUGAGACCCUGGAGAAAGCGCGCCUGGAGCUCAAUGAGAACCCAGACACACUGCACCAGGACAUCCAGGAGGUGAGGGAUAUGGUCAUCACCAGGCCGGACAUUGGCUUUCUCCGCACAGAUGAUGCCUUCAUCUUACGCUUCUUGCGGGCCAGGAAGUUUCAUCACUUCGAGGCUUUCCGCCUCCUGGCCCAGUACUUUGAGUACCGGCAGCAGAACCUGGACAUGUUCAAAAGCUUCAAGGCCACUGAUCCUGGCAUCAAGCAGGCACUGAAGGAUGGCUUCCCUGGGGGCCUAGCCAAUCUGGACCACUAUGGCAGGAAGAUUCUAGUCCUUUUCGCUGCCAACUGGGAUCAGAGCAGGUACACACUGGUGGAUAUUUUGCGUGCCAUCUUACUUUCUUUAGAAGCCAUGAUUGAAGAUCCUGAGCUUCAAGUGAAUGGAUUUGUUUUGAUCAUAGACUGGAGUAACUUCACCUUCAAGCAAGCCUCUAAACUUACACCAAGCAUGCUGCGCUUGGCUAUCGAAGGCCUUCAGGAUAGUUUCCCAGCACGAUUUGGAGGAAUUCAUUUUGUCAACCAACCAUGGUAUAUCCAUGCCCUGUAUACCGUAAUCCGGCCUUUCCUGAAGGAGAAGACUCGGAAAAGGAUAUUUUUGCACGGUAACAACCUGAACAGUCUACACCAACUGAUUCAUCCUGAGAUUUUGCCCUCUGAGUUUGGGGGAAUGCUCCCCCCUUACGAUAUGGGAACCUGGGCAAGGACACUGCUAGACCACGAGUAUGAUGAUGACAGUGAAUACGGUGUGGACUCCUACAGCUUGCCUGUGAAGGAGGUAGAGAAGGAACUCUCCCCCAAGUCCAUGAAGAGAUCCCAAUCAGUUGUGGAUCCUACAGUGCUAAAACGCAUGGAUAAAAAUGAGGAAGAAAACAUGCAACCUUUGCUCUCUCUGGACUGAUAACUUCUCUACCCUCCCCAUGGAUUAGAAAUGGAAGGUACUUGUUUUCAGCACCAGGGCCAGCGCUGUGGAGGAAUUACCAGCUGGAAAUUUAUUUAUUCAUGUUAAUGUAGCAUAAUAUAUAAGACAUCAGGCUUUCCCAUUUGCCUGAACCCUGGGUGCCCUGGUCUGAAUUUUUUUUAAAAAGUCAAUAAUUUAUUCUGUAAGUGCCAAGUUCUUUGUAAAUACAAUGUACUCUUCACGUCAAGUUUGUAAAUUUUGGUAGUAACUUAAAUUGGAAGAUUGACUUAUGAGUCUAUGCCAGUGAUAUGAACUAUAACAAGAACAGAAAAGACACAUAAACAAUCAAAGCUAAUUAAAUGUAGCCCUGUUUCCUAUGAAGCCAUAUUUCAGCUAUCAUAGUGAUUGUUUCGUUGUUUUUCUCUGAAACUCUGUCGUACUCAAAUGUACAUUUAAUGGGCACAGGGAACUAGAUGAUUCUAGGAAAUUAUUAUGAUAAAUGUAUUAACUGUCUAGUGAUUUUCAGUUCACAGAAAACGUACCCUGGUGACUAUCACUGGCCUUGCAUUUGGAAGACAAGAAAUGGCAAAUGACCUGGUAAAUUCAACACUUGAACUCUUCUAUGUUGUUUAAUUCCUGGAGUCUUGUGAAAAAAUAUGUUCCCCAAAUUAAGAUGUGGAAUUCUGAAAGAGAGUGGAUUCUUUUUAAACUGCUGUCUUCACAAUGUGUCCUUUAUUCCAGACCCCAUUUUAUCCCUGUCUGAUGUACUUUAAGAAACUUUUCCCCCCAAAACUCUUUGACCAAGAGAAAGAGAACUCAUACAUGAAUAGUGUUUGACAGCUAAUUUUGAACAUAAAAGUUGCCAAGUACCAAUAAGGGGCUAAUUUCUAAUUCUUGUGCACUGGUUGAAAAAAUAUAUAUAUUCACACACACGUAUAUAUUUUUACUGAGCUCUAAUAAAUCCUUGAUGUGACAGGCUUACAGAAUAAAUCACACAUAUUCAAUGGUCUUAGAGAUGUUAUAGAUUAUUGUAUGCAAUGCUAACUCUGGAAAACCACUUCCACUAAAGUUAAUGAAAAUGAGGUAUAGUAAAACAGACUUUCAGUGAACUUAUUUAAGGGAAUUCAAUUUAAUUUGUAAUGCAAUCUUGACUCUGCCAUUUUAGUGAAAUAUAUUUUUUCUUCAAAAAACACAACAGGUAUCAACAAAGGCAGUAGGCAGUAUCAGGUGAUGGAGAGUAAUAUUGUUUUCCCCAAAUUCAAGUUAAUUUUCCUAAUGAUCCAGUAAGUACACAUUUUCUUCUCAGAAAAGAUUUUAAGAGCAUAUUGCAUCCAGGAGAGAUAAUGAAAUCUUCUGAGGGCAUCUGAGAUACUAUAUUAUAGUAUAAAUCUAGAUUUGGAAUCCUUAUGUUAAAGUUUUCAUUUCAUAAAAAUUCUGCAAUGAUAACACAUUUUAAAAAUUUAACUUUAAUUUCAAAUUCUAGUGUGAAAAAGCAAGAUUUUUACCACCUUUUCAGAGUGGCAAUUUUUGAGACUAAGGAUUUAGCAUUAAAAUAUUCUUUUGAAAGAAAAAUAUCUCAAGGAACUUUUGGAAACCAACAGAAAUAAAGGCAUGUAGCAGCCUUCAUAUACUUCUUAGUCAAAAGCUUUAAAAAGUCCAGUUCUAAUUCUACAGCCAAGAAUCUUAAAAUGAAGAUCAGUACACGAUUCUACAGUGUCACCAAUGGACUGUCUAGUAUUUGUAAAAAUACAUAAAUAUACAUAAAAAAUAUGAAUAAAAGAUACCUUAAAAAUGCUGACCUCCAAUCAAAUGCAGAAGAAUAAUGACUGUCGGUCCUCUGCUCCACCCAUAAACAUUACAGAGAUUGGAAUGCACUGGAGGAAAAAGCCACAGCAACUCUUAAUCUAAGAACCCUACCAAUGGUGUUCUUACGUUUUUGCCAACUUGACAUACAUUUUUUUAGCGUUGGGCUUUAUAUACUAUACAAGCAAGUGUUAGACAAUAUGAUGCAUUGGAAUAAAAUGGAAACAAAGUAAGUACAGAAGGCCGGUCAACUUUUCAUUUUCAUGAGUUUCAAUUGAUAUGCACCAUUUAUUGCCAAUUUUCAGAAUUCUACCAGCUUCAGAUGUCAACCAGCCUAGCCAGCUUUUUUUUCCCCUUGUCAUAGGCUAGUGUCAUAUACAAAAAUAACUUGGAAGGCAUAUUUUCUGUGUAUACCUACCCAGUUAUAAGUUAUCAUUCACACUCUCUCCCUACCCCACAUUUGGAAACUGCAUUGGCAUUGCUGCUUGACUGCUCUUCUUCAAAUGAGCAAUUGAGAGUUGGCUGGAUUGUGUAAAAUAUUUUUAAAUGAAUGAACAAAUUACAACAAUGAUGUGUUUUGAAAUUACUGUAUCUAGUUCGGUCUGCCUAUGUCUUUUCAGUCUGGAAAAAAAUUUUCCAGUAAUGUUUUUGAAGCUGCUUAGAGAACAUUUGAUCAACUUUAUGAAUUUUCCCCUCAGCACCAGCUAACUAACACUGUUUAGGAAUUUUCUUUUUCCUCAUGUGAUUUUCUGUGUUAUGUAGCUAUGUCUACUGUUACAUAACAUAGCAAAUAAGCACCCUUAUAUUCUUUUGAUUUAAUUGAGAUAGUACUUCCCCACUCACACAUACACACGAACACAGUACAUCCCCACUCACAUAUACACACGAACACUAGACUGUUUGCUCUAAUGAUUUGCCUCUCUAUUUUGAGAGCUAUGCUUUUCUUUUUCAGUUAUCUUGUUACUUAAAAUUUGUAGGCAUCAAAGAAUUACCACGUUUGAUUUGGAAUAGGCCCAUAGUUUGUUUACUUCCCUCACUUAGCCUGCCUUACCUUCUAUUUCUUGUAUCAUUUCUUUUCUCCAGUGUUUCAGGGGCAGCUGCUUCCAAAGCUGGUUUAAAAAUAAGUAACUUCCUUAUGUUGUCAGUGAUAUUUGCACACAUUUUUGACUGAUAUUUUAAAAGGAAGAGAUUAUCAUAAAAAUAUAUUCUAAGAAAUAUGAAGAAGUGCCUCUUUAAAAAAUGGAAUAAAGCAGUGAUAGUAGAAUAUGGAUUCUAUUUGUUCUCUCUUCCAAAAAGUAAAUACAUGCAUCUAUUAUAUUAUAAGGGUGAAAUAUAGCUAUAAUUUGAAGAAGGAUAUUUGAGGUCUUGCUUUGAGUAUUCUCGUAUAGUAUUGUCUUUAUUGUGUAAGUUCAAUACGGUAACUUCAACAUGUUACUGACAAACAUGGCACUAUGCUAAAACAAUAUACAAAUAUUAAAUUGAGUGUUGCAAGCAAGUUUUUGAAGUGCAUGCAUGAUUACUUUUAUUUCAUUAAUAGUUUGCAUAAGUGUAGGCAGAGACAUUCCUUAAGUGUUCUCAUAUAAAAUGCUUGUUUACUUUACAGUACUGAAAAUUCAUACAUUCAUAAGCAAGAAAGCCAAGCAGCUGGGUUCUCUUUAAUAUUAACUAGGUCACAUUGUUAAAUUAAACAUUUGAAAUUUCCAUAAUAUUCCUGAGGGAACAGAGGUCCCUCUAAUGCAUUAAGAUAAUGCAGAAUUGUUUUAAACAUCAAGAAACAUGUUUACUGCUCUUCACAAAAAGAAACUUUUAGAGCUAUGGCAGUGUGUCUUCAGGAACAGACUUCCUUUUCAUCUACAAAUAACCCAAAAGCAUAUGGACAUGCUUAUGGUCCUUUAAAGAAGUUAUAUCAGGAAAACCUGCUGAAAGGUUGUACAAUCUUCUGUUAUUUUAUCUAAGCAUCUAGCUGGUUUGGUUGGUUAAUAAUUUCUUUUGUUUCUUAUUUGGUGUGUAUUUAUUAAUGAUUACUUGAAAAAUUGCCACCAGUUAUGAGGACAUUUCAGAAUGACUUUCAACACAAAAAAUAAAAGGAGCAGAGCUCUGGCACGAUGUGUGAAGUUUCAGAUAUGGUAUUUAUAUUUUUUGCAUCAAUCAGCUAAUAGGCAAAUGUUCCAUUUUAUAUGUGCUAUAUAGCUAUAUAGCCUAAGAAAUAGUGAUACAUUUUAAAUUUAUGAGGCUGUUAGAUGGUGUAAGAAUCAGCAGAUUAUCUAAAAUAUAUUGGAACAAACGUAGAGGAUUGGCUAAAUAUCCAGUGUGUGUGCAAUUAUCUUUAGUAGUGAAAAACAUUUUGUUUUGUUUUGUUUUAGUUGAAAAAACUGUUUUCCAAUAUGCUAUUGGAACUAGUUAGCACUAUUACUAUUAGAAAGGGAGAAAAUAAUAAAUACAUAAGGAGGCUUGGCUUUGAAACAUUAUUAUAUCACUUUAAAGGCUUAAAGCAUAUAAUUUUUUUCAUGAAUUGAAGUUUUUAUUUAGUAAAUAUCCAUAGAUUAGCCCGGCACAUGGACAUAAUACUGUGGAACCUAUUCUGCGCUGAGCAUGGGAAUUUAUUCCCCUAUACUGUAGGAGAAAAAUAUGAAAUAACAAUGCACUGGACUGAAACACUCAAGUUGUAUUAUUUUUUUUAAAGGAGUGCAAAUGAUACUGUUGAAAUAAAAAAAAAAUUAGAAAACAAAUAAGCAUAGGUCUUAAAUACAAUAAAUGCACUUUUAUAGUAAAUAGUGGACAUUGUUACAAUUCAGGUGUUUGGUCAGUCAGUAUUUGACUUAGUUUCAAAUUUCAUGCAAAUAUUUUUUUCCUUAAUGAUAUCAAUGCAUUUAUUCUGUCAAAAUUAGUUCCUGUAGUGAAUGAGAGGGACCUAGAUAAGAAGUGAACAAACCCUAAACCAUAUUAAAAAAUUGCAAUGCAUUAUAAUUGGUUAUAUAUAACAGAGGUUCAAAGCUUUGUCUUGUUCUUAAUUCAGUUUUUCAGUUUUCAUAUUUGUGUUAAAGAUAAAUAAAACCCCCCAAACUAAGUAGUUUUUAUUUUCAAAACAGAUUAAAUAAGAUGUCUAAGAGGUAAUUAUACAAGUCUUUGAUAAGAAUACUGAGCACAUAUUUACUAUUUGGCUCAACUACCUUUGACCUUUUGAGGGAAUUGUUUAUUCCAAUACAAUAUUACAAAUGGGGUAAUGUAAUUUUGAAUAAAUAUACAUUUCUGCUUUAAAAAAGCCUUUAUUUUGCAUAUAGUAGAUGUUGAAUUUUGUAGUAUGGAUCUUUGCAUCUGUGAAAUGGAGAUUUCUAAAAUGUCAUCUAAAAAUGAGCAACAGUAACUUUAUUUUGAGAGAAAUUGUGGUUAGCUAUUUUGGUUAGGACACCUGAAAUUUUCUGAUACUUAUAUGUUUGGGGCUAAAGGGAGAAACACAAUUCAUUUCAUCAAAAUUACAUUUUCAAUAGUCUAUAACUUCUAGACAAGCCUUCAAAGGAGAGCUUGAAUGAAGAAGUAAGUUAACUUUUAAGUUGCAUGGAGCAAUGGGAAUGAUCAAUAAGUAAAAUAACUAACAUUUUCACAUAUUCAUGUAAUGAUAUUGGAUUAGACAAAGAACUAAAUUCAGAACUUUGAAUUAUA